CCCGCCGGGCGGGGUUAUCGAGCAGCCCCUCCUCUCAGCGAACGGGAUGCUGCUUAGCUUCUGGUUAGCCUAGCUUAGCUUAGCUUAGCUCAGGUAACGGUAACCGGUUCAUGUACCGACGGCUUCUCUUGUGUCGCGAUGACGUGAAGCAGCGUCAGGCAGCGGCAGGCUCAGCUAACGGGGCCGGGGUGUUGGGCUCGCUGCUCGGGUUAGCUGACUGGGCUAGCCCGCUUCGGUCCGCGGUUCAACAGGAGCUAUCCUCGGGGGACACAGACAACCAGCGGCCGGUCUGAGCUCCGGUGAAUCCGCGGCGGCUGCGCUGCACGUGAUGGACGGAGCAGCGCUGCUUUAGGAGGAGGAGAGCGGGGAAGCUCCGGGUGCAGUUAGCAUCAGGCCUGAACCACAACACUGCUUCCUCCCUUCCUUCCUUCCUUCUUCCUUUCCUUGGUCACUUCCUUGGUCACUUUCUCCCUUAGGAUGGAGUCCGGCCUCAACCCGAUGCCACAGUUCCCGGAGAACUCCUAUAAAAUGACCGAGGAGGACGUGAAGAGGCUGAUUGAGUUCAGGGCGUCCAACGAGGCUCUGUUCACCGGGAAGAGAAACUCUGCCAAGAUAGCGUGGAGCACCAUCCUGAAGGGCCUGGGUCUGGAGGGGAAGCUGACCGCGGACCAGAUCGCCAAGAAGUGGGACAACCUGCGGACAAAGUACAAGGAUCUGAAGCAGCCCUAUCAGGGUCAGGACAGCAUGGGGGGUGUCGUGGAGUCGUGGCCCUGGUUCCACAUCAUGGAUGAGGCCAUGCAGGGUCGACUCUACAACAGCAACCUGGUGCUCAGCCUGGAGCCCAGCACCGGCCACCGCGGCAGCAGCCAGUCCAGCCAGACGCAGGAGAACACGGACAUCCUGGAGUUCCUCAUCAAGACGGAGAUGGAGGAUUCGGUGGCAGCGGAGACGGUGGAGGACGAUGGGAUGGAUCCCACGGAGGCUCCUCCUACAGAGGGAGUCCCAAUGGGCUGGAGGAGGAUGACCGAGUGCUCGUAUAAAAUGACGGAACCAGAAACCGAGCGGAUGAUCAAACUUCGAGCGGCGAACGAAGCGCUCUUCACUGGCAGGAAGCAUUCAGCCAAACCGGCCUGGAGAGCCAUUCUGUACGAGCUGGGUCUUCAGGGGAAGCUGACCACUGACCAGUUAGCCAAGAAGUGGGACAACCUGAAGAGGAGGUACAAGGAGCUGAAGUUUCCUGCUCGAGGGGUGGAGACCAACCCCAGCUCCUGGCCCUGGUUCUACCGGAUGAACGACGCCAUGGAGGGACGUUUUGCCAACGUGGCUCCCAUCCUCACGCCCAUCGUGGAGGACGAGGACGAGGACUGCGAGCCUCUGUCCCCGGCGCCCAAGAAACGAGCGCGCCGGAGCCGGGGGGGGAUGGCGGAGUUCCUGACGGAGUCGGAGAUGGACCUGCUGGUGGACCAUGAGGAGAAGAACGGGUCCACGGCUCUGGGAGAGCUGCACCGGAUGUCGGAGUUCACCUAUAAAUUGACAGAGGACGACACCAGGCGGCUGAUCGAGUUACGAGCUGCUAACGAGUCUCUGUUCACCGGGAGGAGAAACACCGCAAAGCCGGCCUGGAGGGGGAUCGUGAAGGAGAUGGGGCUGACGGGGAAGAUAACACCAGACCAGGUCGCCAAGAAGUGGGACAACCUGAAGACCAAAUUCAAGGACUUGAAGUUCCCUCCCCGGGGGAUGGAGAACCAGACUAACCCGGCCUCAUGGCCCUGGUUCCACCUGAUGAAUGAUGCCCUGGAGGGACGUCUGUCGGGCAAAGCUCCCAAAGUGACACCCAUCUGGACCAACGAGGAGGACGCCGUCUUUGGCUCGUCUCCUCCCGACAGAGACUGUUUGAUGGCAGAGAGGAGCAGCGUGUCGGAGCUGGAGAGCAUGGUGGGGGGGGACAACACAGAGUCUGAUGGGAACGUCACCUACAUCGACGCCAGUGGGGAGGAGUGUUCAACGCCCUCUGACCUGUCGUACAAAAUGACCGACCAGGACACCAGGACGAUGAUCAAACUCCGAGCGGCUAACGAAGGCUUGUUCACCGGGAGGAGGAACGCUGCCAAGGCCGCCUGGAAGGCCAUCCUGAAGGAGCUGGGGCUGCAGGGAAAGGUCUCAACCUACCAGAUGGCAAAGAAAUGGGACAACCUGAAGAGGAGAUACAAGGAUCUCAAGUUUCCUCCUGUAGGGAUGGAGAGUGUAGCAGACAGCGCCUCCUCCUGGCCGUGGUUUCACCUGAUGAAUGACGCCAUGGAGGGUCGGCUGGCGAGCAGCGCCCCCCUCCUCGCUCCUGUCACCCAGGACGAAGACCAGCAGCUUGACCCCGCCCCUAGACACAGGUCCCGCCACAUCCCACCUCCUCCUCCACCCGCCCCCCCCUCCUCUGACUACGGACAGGAGGCGUUCUGCGACGGCGCCGAGCAGAACCAGCGGAGCUCGGAGGUGUGCGAUGGGCAGCUGGGAGGACUGGACAGGGAGUGGGAGAUGGUGGAGAGGGAGAGAACAGCGCUGGAGCAGGAGAGGGAGAUGGUGGAGAGAGAUAGGGCGGCAGUGGAGAGAGAGAGGGCGGCGGUGCAGGCAGAGAGGCUGUGGUUGGAGAGAGAGAGGGCGGCGGUGGAGCGGGACCGAGCCAUGGUGGAGCAGGAGAGGGCGGCGCUGGGCAGAGAGAGGGAGGUGCUGGACCAAAGAGCCUUGAUGCUGAGCCCGGUCGGAACCUCCGGACAUCUCAACGCCCUGAUGUAGACCACGGUGCUGUGGGGAUGUAGAGCGUCCCUGUAGAGGCUGCUGGUCUGGAGGUCUGGACCUCCUGCGGUGAGGAGUAAGCCAGAGGAGGCGUCGAGCUGCUGCUCCGCUGGGGGGGGCGCCCCGUCUGGAUGGUGGCUGCUGAUCGUCCACACGUAGCUGGUGACGGACAGAUCAGGGACCUCACUGGGCGACUGGACCGGGGGGGGGGUCAACCAUCUCAAUAGGGGAGCUGUACAGCUCACAGUUCAAUGACCUCCUCAGUUACACCGGCACUCCUCACACAUCCUCUCAUCAGGCUGGUGUCUGUGGAUCAGUCCGUCACCACAGACAGGCGGUGAUGAUCAGAGGCUUCUAAUGUCUGACGUGUGACUCCAGUGGAAUAAUGAUGUUCAUCUAUUAAAUUCAUGAGUGUCUCCAUCCCCAUGUUUCUAACAGAUACAGUUAAUGAGCUGAGGGCAUCGUCAGGAUCUGAAUCUAAGUUCAGAUGAGACUAUCAGUUCACUCCUGGUCUUCACACCUGGUGUUCACAGGAUCCGAUCACAGCUCCCAGUUCAGGUGUGGACAC